AUGAAGCCAACCCUGUUCGAAGUGAUGAGGAUGAACCGCAUUUGCAGGAUGGCUCUGGUCACUUGCUUGGGAUCCUUUAUCCUAGUCAUCUUCUAUUUCCAAAGUAUGUUGCAUCCAGUCAUGCGGAGGAAUCCCUUCGGAAUGGACAUCUGUUGUCGGAAGGGCUCUCGGAGCCCACUGCAGGAACUCUACAAUCCGACUCAGUUGGAGCUCUCCAACACGGCCAUCCUGCACCAGAUGAGGCGGGAUCAAGUCACGGACACGUGCCGGGCCACCAGCGUGACCAGCAGGAAAAGGCGCGUCCUCACCCCCAGUGACCUCAAGCACUUGGUGGUCGACGAGGACCAUGAGCUGAUCUAUUGCUACGUGCCCAAAGUUGCUUGUACAAACUGGAAGAGGGUCAUGAUGGUCCUGACGGGGAGGGGGAAAUACAGCGACCCCAUGGAGAUCCCCGCCAACGAAGCCCACGUCUCGGGCAACCUGAAGACCCUCAACCAAUACAGCAUUCCAGAAAUCAACCACCGCUUGAAAAACUACAUGAAAUUCCUGUUUGUCCGCGAGCCCUUCGAAAGGCUGGUCUCCGCCUACAGGAACAAAUUCACCCAGAAGUACAACACCUCCUUUCACAAGCGCUACGGGACCAAGAUCGUCAAGCGCCAAAGGAAGAACGCCACCCAGGAGGCGCUGAGGAAGGGCGACGACGUGAAGUUCGAGGAGUUUGUGGCGUACCUCAUCGAUCCGCUCACCCAGAGGGAGGAGCCUUUCAAUGAACACUGGCAGACGGUGUACUCCCUCUGCCACCCCUGCCACAUCCAUUACGACCUCAUCGGCAAGUACGAGACCCUCGAAGACGACUCCAAUUACGUCCUGCAGCUGGCGGGAGUCGGCAGCUACCUGAAGUUCCCCACCUAUGCAAAGUCUACGAAAACUACUGACGAGAUGACCACAGAGUUCUUUCAGAACAUCAGCAUGGAACAUCAAACGCAGCUCUAUGACGUCUACAAACUGGAUUUUUUAAUGUUCAAUUACUCAGUGCCAAGCUACCUGAAACUGGAAUGAAGAAGGAGAAGAGAGAGAAUCAUGCCUGUUUUUAUUUAAGAUUUUUAUUUGUCAAGAUAAAUA